UCCAGGCGCAGACCCACCCGAGCCCGUCUCCCUCGCGGCGCGAGCGUUUUUCCAACUAACUUUGGGAACUCCAGACCCUGCACUGGCCCGCGCGCCACCCCGUCCUUGUCGGGGCUCCCCGCCCUCCUGGCCGAGGAUGGAGGAUGCCUUCAGCCCCACAGCCCUACCGCCCGCGCCCGGCUUGCAGAACUGGGGUCUCAACCUCACUUCGGGACAGGGAGCCUCCGUCCCGGGGCCGCCGCCGCCGCCAACUUCCGGGCCACCCGGCCGCCGGGUCCGCCUAGUCUUCCUGGGGCUCAUCCUGGUGGCGGCGGUGGCUGGCAACGCCACCGUGCUAUGUCGCCUGUGCGGCGGCUCCUGGGCCGGUCCCAAGCGUCGCAAGAUGGACUUCCUGCUCGUGCAGCUGGCCGUGGCCGACCUGUACGCAUGCGGGGGCACCGUGCUGUCGCAGCUGGCGUGGGCGCUGCUGGGCGCCCCGCGCCCCGCGGCGGGGGACCUGGCGUGCCGCUUCGUGCAGCUGCUGCAGGCGUCCGGCCGCGGCGCCUCAGCGCACCUCGUGGCGCUCAUCGCGCUCGAGCGCCAGCGCGCAGUGCGCCGUCCGCAGGGCCCGCCGCUGCCCGCGCGCGCCCUCGCCGCCCUGGGCUGGCUGCUGGCGCUGCUGCUGGCGCUGCCGCCGACCCUCGUGGUGCGCGGGGACCCCGCACCGCUGUCGCCGACGCCCGCCGCGCCCCACGCCGCACGCGCCUGGCCGGGGGAACGGCGCUGCAGAGGCAUCUUCGCGCCCCUGCCGCGCUGGCACCUGCAGGUCUACUCGCUCUACGAAGCAGUCGCGGGCUUCGCGGCGCCCGUCGCGGUCAUGGGCGUCGCUUGCGGCCACCUGCUGUGCUUCUGGUGGCAGCACCGGCCCCAGUUCCCGGAGGCCGGAGCGCCCUGCUCGGCGAGCCCAGUCCGCGCCACCGCGCUGCCCUGGGCCAAGGUGCAGAGCGUGAAGAUGAGCCUCGUGCUGUCGCUGCUCUUCGUGGGCUGCGAGCUGCCCUACUUCGCCGCCCGGCUCGCGGCCGCGUGGGCGCCCGGGCCCGCGGGAGACUGGGAGGGAGACGGCCUGGCGGCGGCGCUGCAUGUCAUAUCGGCGGCCAACAGCGCCCUCAACCCUCUCGUGUACCUCUUCUUCCAGGAGGGCGACGGCCCGCUCCGGCGGCGGCUCCGGAGACGCCUGGGCUCCCUGUGUUGUGCGCGGGAGGGCGUGGAGGAGGACAGCGGGGGGUCCGGGGGCCACCAGGCUCUGCACCGCCACCGCUGGCCCCAGCCGCAUUACCACCACGCUCGGAGGGACGAGGGCUGCGCGCGCCCACCCCCGCCGCGCCCCAGACUGCCGCCCUGCUCCUGCGAAAGCGCCUUCUAGGUGCUCCUGGGCCAGGGACAGCUCUUGUGUCGCGGUGGAGCAGCCUCCGGGCACCGUGGGGCAGGUGGGGGUCUGCCGGGAUCUCAGCCUGCAGGAAGGUCUGAGAGACUUAGGAGCUGCGCCCUUCCUCCGCGCUUCUGUUAUAUUUCCUUCCAGUGUUUACGUGUGCUAUACUUGCCAUUUAUUUUCCUCUCUCCAGUUUCUCUCACAUUUGCGCAUUUGGAGAGAUGGAGCCAUUGGGAUGUUGUGAAACACAAAGUGAGAUAGUUAUUAUUAUAUUUUGCAGUUCUUUUUCAUGCUCCCAUCGAGUUCUGGCUAAGACCAUAAAUUGCCCAACUUCCAUUAUUUGUUGUGUUAGCAUCUGUUGAAUUUUUGAUUAUUUAAUUUAGGCCGUGCGUAAGCCAAGUGUACCUUGGGGAGCAGCGAGUUUGCCACUUCUUCCAGGAGGGAGAUCCCCACAGGCCUCUCCCUGGGGAGAGCUGGAGUUGCACCAGUAAUCCUGUCAGAAAUGCAAUCAUGCUGCCACUUCCAUCAGAAUACUUGUAAAAUAAAAACAUCUCUUACAGAGCAA